UUCAAAUAUAGGGUGCUAAUGCUAGUGAAAACUCCGACGCUGCCAGUACUGGUUUCAAUUCAAGUCUGUGAUGAGCAGCAAAGAAAGACAACGAACAAGAGGAGAGAUAGCUUGCGCAGAGUGUCGUAGACUGAAAGCCCAAUGUGACAGGCAAGUGCCAUGUUCUACUUGCAUCAAAAGAGGAUGCAGCAUGCUUUGCCUCAAUGGUAAGAAUUCAUUCAUGACAUGGAACAUACAAACCUUCCAUACGGAUGAUGCAUUGUAGGCACUAUGCCUCCAGGAAAGGGUAGCCGCUCUUCGUCAGUGUUGCCGAAGAAUAUCUACGUCAAAAGGCCGCCAAGCUCGAAGAGCGAAUGCGCUCACUCGAA